AUGAGGUUAUUCAAUUUUCUACUUCUAUCAUAUUUGACCGUCAGCCUGGGUGAGCCAGAUCCUUCUGAAAUCGUCCUGCAUGUGGUGACCCAACUGUUCCUUACGACACCUCCGCAUGAGAAGAAAAAAUUGAAGUACUUGGAGAUUUCAAUUUCGAUUUCGCACAGCAACUGCCGUAGUAAUCAUAUUUACCACAGAAUCACCGAAAAGUUCUUCCUCGACGACGAAGUCCGACGUUACGCCGUAGAUGUUUGCUUCGGAAUUAUCAGGAAAUUUUGCCGAAAAAACAAAGGCGUUACUCCUUAUUCCUAUAAUGGAGCCAGUGCGUUCGUCCAAAAGGAGCGCAAAAAGUUCGAUUUCCCGCAUCUGAAGCUUCUGAAUGGGUCUGUGGACUGCACUGAGUCAAGGAGCAUCAUAGAAGCGAGAGAAGACGCGGUGAAGAAUAAAUUCCGAGACAAUCAGACGAUGAUCUACCUACCGUCGAAAAUCGUCUCUUUUCAUGGUCUCUUCAGCCUUUGCGAGGUCCCCUACUUGUGCGAGUCCAGGGAUAUCUCCAUCCUCGUUCUCUUGCUUGUGUCGAUCUUCACGUGAGUUUUUUUUUUCAAGAAGUGUUCCCAUAAUAUUGGACCAAACAUGCCAUUUCAGCCAUUUUUUCACCAAAGACUUCUCACACGGGAAGUCAUUCUACUUGGCGGUUUGGAGUUUUCUACAAAUUCGCUCAAAAACUUUGAUCGUCCAGAUGAAAAUCCCUCAUAGUCGCUAUAGCCUGUGUGUCACGACUUGAAAUUUCACGGAACGACAUUCCGGUGUUCCGGUGUUCCGCUGCGCGCGUUCGCGAAGCGUCUUUCGAAUCUAGGUCACGUUUUCAAUUUAUUGUUAUUGCUAUGGGAGCACAUGAAAGUAGAGUACCUUGAUAAAAGAAAAAAAAAUGAAAAGCGCGACCAAGGUUCGCAAAGCGCGCAGCGGCACAGCGGAAUGUCGUUCCGUGAAAUUCCAGGUCGUCGUACACAGGCCUGUGUACAGGCUUAACCUGCGCAAACUUCUAGUUUUUGAAGUAUAAUUUUUCAAAGUUGCGAAAUAUUAACUUUGAGGCUUUUCAAAACUUUGAAGUGAAUAAUCUCGAAAACUAUAAUCUGGCGUGUUAUGCAACUUUGAUGACACUUCCUAUUACCUUCAAAGAUCGCUUGAGCAAAUUCGUAACAGGCAAGCUUAUAGUUUUCCAGAUUAUUAAUUUCGAACUUUGAAAAGCCUCAAAGUUAAUAUUUCGCAACUUUAAAAAAAUCAUAUCUCAAAAACUAGAAGUUCGCGCAGGUAGCGACUAUAAGGGACCUUCAUCUAGAAAUCCGAAAAUUUUUUUUUUAGGAAUUUUGUAGAAAUUUUCAAGUCGCAAAGUGAAAUGGCCUCCUUGUGGGGUUUUCUUUGUAAAACGCGAACUUUGAAGAUUAUUAUUUAAAAUACUAGAAGUUUGCGCUGGUAGCGCAUAUGACCUAGACAUUCAGAGAGUGUUUGACCGAAUUGGUGGAGAAAUCCAAACCGCAAAGUGAAUAUUAUUACACACGGGAAGUCAUUUUAUUUUGCGGUUUGGAUUUUUCUACAAAUUUGUUCAAAAACUCUUCCUCGCACAAGCCUGGGGUACCUAGAAAAAGCCCGUCAAAAGUUUAAGGAUCAAGUUCAAGAACUGAUUCUUUUUGGGGCAACGAAAGUCCGAAGAUAAUCAGUUUUUGAGCUAGGACCAUAACUGACUAUCAAAAAAAAAGGUUCUGACAGUAAAGAGAUAGUUCAUGAUUGUUAGAGGGCGCAGACAGGCCACACCCCUUAGCUUUCCAAGCUAGCCGUGAGUUGACUAUACCUAGAAAUUCGGAACACGUCCCAAGAUAAUCGUGAAUCAGCUAUACCCAGAAAUUCGAACCAAAUCUGCGAUUUUCUCCUCACCUACUACCUUUUUAAGACCGAAAAUGAGUUUUCCAAAGCCUAGUGAUCUUGUUCUUCGAAUCAGUUCCACCUGUUUUCAGACUCGGUGUCUUCGUUUUCAAACGCCUCAAGGACAACGACAAAAUGAGGUUCUACGCGGCCUUGUGCGUCCAGCUCUUUUGCUGCCGUCGGGCGCCGAUCCGCAGAUACCCUUCGUCUGAAUCAUCCGCCUCGAGCCAGCAAUCCAGCGUCAAGUCUGAGAAAAUUGCGCUGGUGCCGUUGUCAGCGUAG